UGUAUACGCCAUUUGUAAAUUUUAAUUAAUGUAUUUAUUUUCGCAGCAUAUCGAGAUUAAUCACAGAACAUAAGGGCUGGCAGCCAUCAUGAGAAUUGUGGAUGUUUCCAGUAUACAGGACAUACCUGGUUAUGUAGAAAUACUGAAAUUUGUUCUCAAAAGUCAGAUACAGAACCUUGUUGAGCAGCUACAAGAUCAUGCAGGGGAGGAAACACUUGUUCUGUCAGCCAACCUUACAGCAGGGACAUUAAGCCACCUGGAGUCAGACAGGGGGCAGGGCUUUCUGGAUAUGAGGGAGGAUAUCAAGUCACAGUUCCUAACACACUGUCUACAAGGGAAGCAGAAAUAUCAUACAGCUGUGCCCCCAGGUCACAAAGUCUCAGGUCACAGAGUGGCAGGGUCGCCACACCCAAAUACAGCUGAGCCACAAGUUCACAGAGCCCCAGAGCUUCAGCCAGCUGAGCCCCAUGGUCACAGAGUCCCAGGACUUCAGCCAGUUGAGCUCCAUGGUCACAGAGCCCCGGGAGUUGUGCCAGCUGCUGAGACACCACAUCACAAAGAUGCAGGACUGAAGCAACUUAAUCACAGCAAAUCAAUAAAACUAAGCAGCGCUGGGUUGCCCCAUACAGCCUCCAUCAGAGUGUCUCAGUCAGAAAGUGUUGGAUUACACCAUACAGGAACCAGCAGAGUGACCCAGUCAGAAAGCACUGGAUCACACUGUAAAGGUACCAACAAAAUGACUGAGAUCAGUAGUGCUGGAAUACCCCAUGAUUUAUUUGAAUCAGGCACCAACAAACUAAUAGAGCAGAGGAGCAAUGCAUUACCUCAAACAUGUACCAACACAUUAACACAGUCUGUUAGUACAGGGAGUCAACCGUAUAACAAGAGAACGUGCCUGGAUGAUGUUAACAGGUUGUCACCACCAAACAUAAAUAGAUUACCGUUGCCAGGAGACAAUAGAAUGUCACAACAACCAUUGACCAAUAAUUUCACAAUUCAUUCACCAGGCAAACUAAAUGACCAUCUACUGGCAAGCACGCAACAAAAUGACACGGAGGACAAUGCUGCUAACCAGAACUCUAAAGUCAGUACAUUUUUGCCAGGACCACUAACAGAUUUGCCUACUGUAAACCAGUCUCUGUCUGAACAUUUAACAAAUUUACCAACAAUAAACCAGUCUGCAGUGAAAGACUUAAUGAGUUUGUCUUAUAGUGCACAGGUUCUUCCACAGUUCAUGCCACCGUUACAGACAAACAUUACUCCAAUGAAACUGAUUGAUGAAAAUCAGUUUAAUGCGUCUACAUUGAAGUCAUCACAAGUUUCAAGUUUUAUAUAUCCUGAAACUUUAUCAAAUUUCUUGGGAAGUCAGAAAAGUUCUCCAUCGAAGACCACACCAGUUACAAACAUACCAUAUCAUGAAAACAUGGCGGGUUGUAAAACUACUGCUAGCAUUACGGUAUUACAGCAAAAUUCUUAUUCAGCUUCAAAUUGCUUACAGGAUAUUUCUGUAAAACAAGACAUAAGGCCAUCUGCCAAAGAGCAAAUAAAUAAAACUACAAAAAGAAAACAGAAAAGAAGUUCACGUUCAAAGCCUCUGUCUAUAACUGUUUCAAUGCAAGACUCGGCGAUAAAGAAGCCUCGAAUUUUAGAACCUGAAUUUUCACAAAACCAUAUUCUGACACCUGAUGUGACAAUGACUACCUCUGUUCACAGUAAAGAUAUAACAAAUGUACAUUCUGUUACACCUUUACUGACAAAUUUAUCAACUCCUAAUGUACCUAAUACACCAGGCUUUUCACUUCUGAAAAUGCAACCUGUUGUGCUGAUUGACGAUCCAAAUCAAGGUGCAAGAAAAAUAUUUAUAGAAUCGGGAUCAGUAGAUAAUCCAUUCAGUGGCAGUAAAACAACUCCAGAAAAUUCAAAAUCAUUACUUGUUGAACCAAAUGGACAUUUAACAAAUAUUGCCAGUGGUUCAAAUAGGCAGAUGCAUACUCUAGAUGUGAAGGAAAAAGACAAAACCAAGAAGACUUUGUCUAGUAAAAUAGAUGAAAUAACACAGCGUAUUACAAAAGAUGAUGCCAUUAAGCAGCAUACUGUACAGACAAGUGACUGCGACCAAGGUGGAGACAGUAUAGCUUGCUCUGUUACUUCUAGAUUUACCUCAGCUGGUAACCAUGGAAACAUAGACAGUUUAAAUAAUGAGUCCAGCAGCCAUGAUGUGUCCACUCCUUCAAGUUUAGAGCAUCUCAAUGAUGGAGACCCAUCCAAAUUAAAAGAUGGUUCAAGAGCAUCCCACAGAAAGCCAAAACUUCCAAGAUUUAACAUCGGAGUGGCAAGUGACGAUGAGGACAAUGCGGAAGCUGCAGAAUCACCAAGUGUGGUCAGCCCUGAAACUUCAACUCAGGCUGCAGCCAAUAUUAGCCCAUUUGGAAUACCUCAGUCAUCUGUAAACAUCAGCCAUGAUGACGCGCAAGAUAUCAUCAAUAUUCAAGUUAGUGGUGAGGACUCAGAGACGUCUUUUCCUCAUAUAAAUUUAGAGGAACUCGCGGAUGGACUUUUGUUGACAGAUAUCCCUAUUGUUAGUUAUUACAACAAUGUUGAGGAUUCAAGCAAAUCGCUAAUUGAAAGUGUAUUCAAUUUGAAACCUGGAAGAGAUCCGAGCACUAAAAAACCUCUAAACUCACAGUCCGUAAUUGUUAGUGGGUCCAAGUUGGAGAAAGACUGGGUGAAAUGUCCACUUUGUCCGGACAAAUUUCUCACAGUUGAAGCACUACAAUAUCAUAUCAAGAAUGUAAAUCAUGUUGCUAAGAAAUAUGAGUGCGAUUUAUGUAAACGUAAAUUUAGUCAGUUACGUGACAUGGAAAGACAUAGACGUAUACAUACAGGUGAGCGACCGUUUACAUGUGACAUCUGUAACAAAUCAUUCUCACGGAAAGAUAAUCUUAAAUCUCAUGCUCGGAAACAUUCUGUAAAGUGAACUUUAGACAGAUGUAUGUUUACAAAGGAGAGAGACCACUGUCUGCUAUAAAUCUCCUCUAGCAAGAAACUGUCUUCAAGAUGCAUGUUUUCUUAAAAAGAUAUGUUUGGUUUUAAAGUGAGCUGUGAUAUUAUAAAUUAUUACCGAGUAAUUCUUGACAAUAUUACAUAAAUUAUUACAGUUAGAAUUAAAUUAUUUGAACUAUU